GACGUCAUUUCGACCGCGUUGGAGCCGCUGAAGUCUGACGUGGUGAAGAAACAGUCGCGCUGAAAAACUACAGGACUAAACACACUUUCAGCAACGCAGCGAGAAGAAAGACGUACGGAAAACAUAAGAAAGACUUUUGGGAUUCUGCUGGUUUGUUUUGGAGUUCGAGCAGGUUGAUUUUUGACCGCGGUUUAGUUGUGAAGCGCUGAAUGCUAAAGCGCUAACUUCACUUAGCGGCUCUUCCUCAUUACACUUCAUUACACCUCGAAUAAGUUUAACUUUGAUACUGUUUCUUGGUUUUGAGCGGUUUUUAGCAUGGGUUUGACUAUUUCAAGCGUAUUUUCUCGAUUGUUCGGGAAGAAGCAGAUGAGAAUUCUCAUGGUUGGUCUGGAUGCUGCUGGAAAAACCACAAUCCUGUACAAACUGAAACUGGGAGAAAUCGUGACAACAAUUCCAACUAUAGGAUUUAACGUCGAGACAGUCGAAUACAAGAACAUUUCCUUCACUGUGUGGGAUGUGGGUGGUCAGGAUAAGAUCAGGCCUCUUUGGAGACAUUACUUCCAGAACACACAGGGUCUGAUCUUUGUUGUGGACAGUAAUGAUCGUGAACGAGCGCAGGAAGCAGCAGAAGAGCUUCAGAAGAUGCUUCAGGAAGAUGAACUUAGAGACGCUGUUUUGCUGAUUUUUGCAAAUAAACAAGAUUUACCAAAUGCGAUGCCCAUCAGCGAGAUGACAGACAAACUGGGCCUGCAGAAUCUCAGGAGCAGAACUUGGUACGUCCAGGCGGCCUGUGCGACUCAAGGGACGGGUUUAUACGAGGGAUUAGACUGGCUUUCCGAGCAGCUCUCCAAACGCUAAACUGCACUUCCUGUUCAAACAGGAAGUGUGUGUUUGUGUGUGCUGUUCCAAAGGACUUGAUGAGCGACGCUGUUUCAGUUGUUACCAAAAAUCCGCCUGCUGAUGUCAAUCUUUUGGCAGAGCAUUUUAGUUUCUUCUUCUGAUUCGUUGCACCUUUUUUGACCUCGACUGACAUUUCUUUAGAUUUAUUCCACUUGAUGUAGCCAUAUACAGUCAAGCCCGAAAAUAUUCAUACCCCUGGCAUAUUAUGAUGUUUAAGUUGUUUUUAUGGUGCGGCAUGUUUGCUCAGUGCUUAGCGCUGUCGCCUCACAGCAAGAAGGUGGCUAGUUUAUGUCCCGGCUGGGCCAGUUUUCUGUGUGAAGUUUGCAUGUUCUCCCCGUGUUGGCGUGGGUUUCCUCUGGGUGCUCCGGUUUCCCCCUACAGUCCAAUCACAUGCGCUAUAGGGGAAUUGAAUAACCAAAAUUGGCUGUAGUGUAUGUGUGUGAAUGAGUAUGCAUGGAUGUUUCCCAGUACUGGGUUGCAACUGGAAUUGCAUCCUCUGCGUAAAACAUAUGUUGGAAUAGUUGGCGAUUCAUUCCACUGAGUUGCUUUUUUUUUUCAACCAGCAAGUUAUUUACAUUUGAACUAGGGAUGCUCCGAUCAAGAUUUUUACAGCCGAUACUGAGUACCGAUUUCUUGUCAUGGUGAUCAGCUGAUACCAAGUACCGAUUCUGACGCUUCAAGCUUUAAAUAACUUUGCCAUUGCAUAAAGCACAUUUUCUUUCUAAUAGGCCUACUUUCAUUUUAGCACACAUUAUCGUGCCAAUUUCUGCUGUUAUAGAGGUUGUGUUUUCAGAUUUUAGCACGUCAGUGUUUAUGUUCAUUUCAUCAUGUUCACCAGGACUGUGGAGGUGUGUUUGGCUGGAUUGGUUUACAGUUCCCUUUCCAGACGAGUCGUUACGCCGCGGGUUCCCAGAGCCAUCGUAUUUGAAUUUACUAAGCUUCGAUGCCAUAUUUGGAAAUUUUGAUGUCGUCGUUAAAGCUUGGCCAUUAUCUCGUCCUUAUUCGAUCAUCAGCAUAUAUUUAAUUGAAAUUAAUCAUGAAAUAAUUUGGUUACUGCAGGAGCUCACAAAAAUUCGACUUACGCCUUGCUUUGCUCAGGAGCGCCCCCAAUAUGCCUACUUAAGUGGCGAUUUUUGCUUAACUAAGAGAAUAAAUGAGGGAUGUUGCAUUUGAUUGUUUCUUAUGACCAUUGAGGGUGGACAUGUCAUGGUCAGAGGCAAGAAAUGGGUCUACAAACUACUGUUUAUUGUAAUAAGUAUAUUACAAGUUAGAAAAAAAAUAUAUAUGUAUAUGUUUUUUAUUUCCCUAAUAUUUCCAGCCAGGUUUUAGUGAACUUGCAAACACAGAACAUAUAUAUACAUCUAUUUCUU